AUGACACAAGGGCAGGUGACGCGAAGUGAGGGAAAACAGGAGACGGGCUGGUUGGAGGUUGCAAACACGACUGGAUCUCUCAGGGGCGCGGAGAGACAGCGGGCGCGUCGUGAGCAGGGCAGCAGAGAGGGGAAGCAGGACAGAGAGAAAGCACAGGAAAGGAACGGCGAGCACAUAGAGAGAGUAGAAAGAGAGAGAGAGAGAGAGAACACAACACCAGCGCGGCAGGGGAAAUGUUGUUUGGCGGGAGAAGGGCUGCGCAUCGAGCUGCUUGGCCGCCCGCCUUUCUUGUGGUUCACCCAAGUCGAUGCCGCUACGGCGGUGCAGAUGGAGAUGGAGAGAGAGUGGUUUGUCUUGACGGGCAGGCCAUGGAGAGUGGGCUUGUUUCAAGCGUCAGCUGGCCGGCCGCGACCGACGGGGUGGCGGGCGAAACAACAAGCCAUGCUAAUCGACGACCGGGUUUAUUAUUAG